GCGUUGCAUUGGGACGUUUGCGCAUGCGCGGACCAGCACACUCACUCGCAGGCAUCAUGGCGGACGUGUUGGAUCUUCAUGAAGCGGGAGGCGAAGACUUUCCUAUGGAUGAGGAUGGUGACGCAAGCAUUCACAAGCUGAAAGAGAAAGCCAAGAGGAGAAAGGGUCGUGGAUUUGGAUCAGAGGAGGGAGCAAGAUCUAGAGCCAGAGAGGACUAUGAUACAGUAGAACAGGAUGGAGAUGAACCUGGCCCACAGAGAUCUGUUGAAGGAUGGAUUCUCUUCGUGACUGGUGUACAUGAGGAGGCGACUGAAGAGGACGUCCAUGACAAAUUUGCAGAGUUUGGAGAAAUCAAAAACGUGCAUCUCAAUUUGGACAGGAGAACAGGUUACCUUAAGGGCUAUGCGCUGGUUGAGUAUGAGACAUACAAAGAGGCCCAGGCAGCAAUGGAAGGGCUAAAUGGCCAAGACCUUAUGGGGCAACCAAUCAGUGUUGACUGGGGCUUUGUAAGGGGACCCCCGAAGAGCAAGAGGCGGGGCGGAAGGCGGCGCAGCAGGAGCCCUGACAGACGGAGACGUUGAUUUUUCCCUUAGUUGCCUCCGGUGUGUCCCUUGUGUUGCUUUAUAUAUCCUCAAGACAGUUUGGCAUCAAAUUGAAGUGUGUAUCUCUCUAAAUUCGUUUCUUAGUUAUUUUGUCUUAAAUGUUACUCUGCAAUGGUCUGAAUGAAUGACAGGCAUUGCUGAUGUAUGUUAAAGUAGGUAUUUUCAUCUUGUACAAAGUGGUAGUACAUGCGUUUCACUCAGUGAAAUCUGUUUUAUGAUUGGUUAUUUGAUGUACAUUUCCAAUAAAUUUAUUUGGAUGAACA